UUCCCCCCAGCACUCUUGUGUUCUAGGCUCGGUCUCCAAGAUGGUGGCUAACAAAACGUGAGGCCUAGAGGCUUGAUCUUAGGUCACUGGAAGCAUGUCCUUGAAGAGGACUAUGGGCAUCUGGGUUCUUCCUCUUCUACUUGGCCACGAGGUAACCGGCUUCUUGUACCACGUGUGCUCACCUCUACAAUCUGUGCGGAUUCAGACUCCAAGCAACUAGGCUACCCAGUGACAGGCUAAAAACUACAGCUCUAACGUCUUGGAAGGCGAUUCCAUGGACCAGGAUGUGGAAAGCCCAGUGGCCAUUCACCAGCCAAAGUUGCCUAAGCAGGCCAGGGACGACCUGCCGAGACACAUCAGCCGAGACAGGACCAAAAGGAAAAUCCAGAGGUACGUGAGGAAGGAUGGGAAGUGCAACGUUCACCACGGCAAUGUGCGGGAGACGUACCGAUACCUGACGGACAUCUUCACCACCCUGGUGGACCUGAAGUGGAGAUUCAACCUGUUGAUCUUUGUCAUGGUCUACACAGUGACGUGGCUUUUCUUUGGGAUGAUCUGGUGGCUGAUUGCGUACAUCCGGGGAGAUAUGGACCACAUAGAGGACCCCUCGUGGACUCCUUGUGUCACCAACCUCAACGGGUUUGUCUCUGCUUUUUUAUUCUCCAUAGAGACAGAAACCACCAUCGGUUAUGGCUACCGGGUCAUCACGGACAAGUGCCCUGAGGGGAUUAUUCUCCUCUUAAUCCAGUCCGUGUUGGGGUCCAUUGUCAACGCCUUCAUGGUAGGAUGUAUGUUUGUGAAAAUAUCCCAACCCAAGAAGAGGGCAGAGACCCUGGUCUUUUCCACCCACGCGGUGAUCUCCAUGCGGGAUGGGAAACUGUGCUUGAUGUUCCGGGUGGGGGACUUGAGGAAUUCUCACAUUGUGGAGGCAUCCAUCAGAGCCAAGUUGAUCAAGUCCAAACAGACUUCAGAGGGGGAGUUUAUUCCCCUCAACCAGACUGAUAUCAACGUGGGGUACUACACAGGGGACGACCGGCUCUUUCUGGUGUCACCAUUGAUUAUUAGCCAUGAAAUUAACCAACAGAGUCCCUUCUGGGAGAUCUCCAAAGCGCAGCUGCCUAAAGAGGAACUGGAGAUUGUGGUCAUCCUGGAGGGAAUGGUGGAAGCCACAGGAAUGACGUGCCAAGCCCGAAGCUCCUACAUCACCAGUGAGAUCUUGUGGGGUUACCGGUUCACACCUGUCCUAACGCUGGAAGACGGGUUCUACGAAGUUGACUACAACAGCUUCCAUGAGACCUAUGAGACCAGCACCCCGUCCCUUAGUGCCAAAGAGCUAGCGGAGCUGGCUAACCGGGCAGAGCUGCCUCUGAGUUGGUCUGUGUCCAGCAAACUGAACCAACAUGCAGAAUUGGAGACAGAAGAGGAAGAGAAGAACCCGGAAGAACUGACGGAGAGGAAUGGUGACGUGGCAAACCUAGAGAAUGAAUCCAAAGUAUAGGCCCAGCUGGGUCAGCCUCCCCCAUCAGACAUGACCCCUCCUUAUAGGCUCAGCUGGGUCAGCCUCCCCCCUCAGAUGACCCCUCCUUGUAGACUCAGCUGGGUCAGCCUCCCCUCUCAGACAUGACUUCUCCUUGUCUCCCAUUUCCUUCUUUUCUGUCUCUCUUACUUUGAUCUUGAUUCAUUUGUAUUUAAUUUUGGCAUUUCCAGAACACAAACCUUCAAGGUGUAAAAUACCUACCUGCCCCUCUCAGAUGUUCAGAUGGGACAAGCAGACAGAUAUUUGGUGAAGGUACAAUGUACCUUCAUUGUGCCCAAGCCUAGUCUCCACUCACAGAAGAGACUACUUAAUCCUCUUUACUAUCCAAUACGAAUCAUUCAAAAGAGCUGUCAGAGUUUUACCCAGUGUCACAAAGAACAUGACCUGUUUACCAUGCCCUCGGGUCAUGCAGAGAAGCCCCUUGGUUUUACAGAGCCCAGUCCAUCUUACCUAGCACAGGGCAGGUACUUGACCACACAGACACUGACAGUACAGGACCCAGAUGAGCCAAGGAUAGACCACUGUACAUAGAUCUGCCCUAUGGAAUUAUUUUCUCUCGGCGAGUAGAGACAAACCCAGCAUGCACAAAAGUACUAUGGAGCAGAAAUCCUAAUAAUUAAUGUACAUAGACAUAUCAUUCAUGUAGCUUUAGAUUUAUAACUUUAGAAAUAAGAAGAAAAAAGACUCCCAAUGUACAGUAGGCGUUUCUGUUUUGAUAUCUGAGUCUUCUAAUUAUUUUUGAUCCCCUUGACUGCUGGCCCUCUAAAUGCAUGGCCUUUGUUCCAGGUCCCCCAGACUGACAGUUUUUAGGGCACCUCUCUGUUCCCUUGUCAUCCUUAAGUUGAAUCUAAUAAGCCAUAGGUCUGGGGACAGUCUGGAGGUGUAAAAAGAUGUCCACCAUCCAAAAUGCUGAUAAACCAUGACACAUUUACGAAACGGGUGUCAUUGUUUAUAGAUAAUGUGGGACUCUCUGAGCACCCUUGAGAGGCUCUACCAGGAACAGGACUCUAGCACAGCCCCAGAUGACAUUUCCAGUGAAAUAUAGCAGUUUAAGAAACCUUUCUGUGAAAGCAUUGAUUGCUUUUUUAUGUAGUCAUGAGAGACUGCAGAAUGUCCAUGGAGCUGUCUAGUCGACAGAAGACUUGUGGGAAAGGCCAUGGCAUUCAGGAAGGCCCUGUGGGUGAAAUGACAGGACUACAUUGCCAGCUUCCUGCUCUCUCACUUCAUCUAGCAAGUCUGCCCCUCCCCCCCCCCCCGCCCCCCGCCAGUCGCUGGGUCCCGCCCUGUCUCCCUUGGCUCCUCCUCUCUCUUGGCUCUAUCCUGCCCUUGAACCCCGCCCCAUCCCUAGGCCCCGCCCCAACUCUGGGCUCCGCCCUCUUCCUGGGCUCCACCCUAUCUCUUAGCUCUGCCCUGCCCUUGGACCCCGCCCCGUCCCUAGGUCACACACUAUAUCUGGGUUCCACCCUCUCCCUGGACCCCGCCCUGUCUCUGGGCCCUGCCCUUACCUUUUCUUACAUUGGGAUUUUUUUAUCUUCUACCAUCAUUCUUGCUAUCAUUAUUGUGAAACGGCCAGAAUUUGGUAUACAAAGAUUAGAGAACAGUCUUUGUGGCAACAGAGAAAUCUCUCCAGGGUGUGAGAGUAUGCCAGUAAUUGAAAAUCUAACCCGUGUCUCUCAAUCAAGAACACAAACAUCAACAACAGUCAAACAGCUCUCUCUAUCUCAUUUUAAUCCUCAAAGAAGGAAAGAAGGAAGGAACAAAGAAAGGCAGGCAACAUGUGUAAUAUUCUAAAUUCAAAAUGACGUGAGAAAGAAGACUGGGAAGAGAGUCUUAAGUGAGACCUCAGGGGCAGGUGGAGAUUUCUCACUGUAACCGAUCUUUCCUGUUGCUUUUGCAUUCAUAAACUGUUCUUAAACACCAUUGCCCACCAUAAAUACACAUCGAGUAGAUCUAAAUUCAUCUCAGCUCCUUCAGAUGUGCUGUUUGAGACUCCGUGCCAUUGAGGUCAAAGGGAUCAAACUAGCAGGUCCCCGCCCCCCUUACCUCCCCUCACCAGGCAGCAAAGGGCUUUGCUGUAGUCUCGGAACCUUGCUUAUAAGAGAGGUGCCCUAGGAAUUAUGAGAAGUGGCUCCUCCAUCCAACAUCUGGGUUGUUCCUCUCCCUCUGCAGAAAUCUUGCCACCCAGACAACCGUUUCUUAGCUUUGACUCCAGAAAACAAAGCUAUUGGCUGUGGCCCUCCCUUGCCUGCCAGCAUUUCCUUUUGGCAUUGGUUACUUAUGGAUGGAACCAUGCAUUCACCCUGCGCACUCUAAGCAGGAGGUGGUAGAGGCGGGAUCCUGACACAGUUCCCCAGAGGCUGUGGGAGGUCCCAUGACCUGACCUUGUUUUAGCCUUAUGAAGAACGCCCCGCUUUGGGGCAUCAAUCUGCAGCAGCCCAAGACAGAGCCUAUGCAGUACAAAGAAAGAUGGAGAAAGCCUUCAAAUGAUCUGCUGACUUAUCUCCUGAAGACUCAUUGGGCCUUUUAAAAAAAUCUAUUAUUGAGGUCUGAAGGACAAAGGAGCCCCUAUUGAUGGGUUGAAAGAGCAGCUUUGAGGUCGGUGACUUCUUGCACAACGGGACAAUAGGCCUGGGCAACACCUGUGUCACUUGUGACCUCCCUCAGCAGGGCACUCUGAUGGUCCCUCCCUGACUCUCAUCUUCUUGAUGUCACUGUGGUGGGUGACACAAGUGGAACUCAAUCCUGUUUGUAACAUGAGCUCGGAAUCUUUAAAGAAGGCAUUCCUAAAGGACCUUUUAUUAGAAUGUCCUUAUCAAACGUGUCUAUUUUUCUACAGCUACUGAGAAAAAGGUUUAACAGUGUAUUUUGUGUCAACUGUUAAAAUUUGAAAAGUCAUUGUGACUGAAUUUUCUAAGCAGCAAGUGGUCAAUGGGUUUUUCAUUAAGCUAAUUCAACAAAAGGGACCCUAAUGCCUCCCCUUUCCAGUCCACAAUCCCUGUCACUGUCCCCACAGUAUCUCUACCAGUAGAUUAAAUCCUGUAAAAAUGUAUAAGCCUAUCAAUGCACCAAGACCCAUAACCAUUGAAGAGUGCUCUCUCGCUCUCUCUCACGCUCUCUCUCUCUCACACACACCCUUCCCCCUUCCCUUCUCCAUCCCCCUCCCCCUCAACCUCCCUCCCCCUCUUUGAUGUUUUGGGCUGCUGGGUUGUUAUCUCUGAAUCAUCGCCCCCCCCCCCAAAGCACAGUGAAAUUCAUAGGCCAGAUAAGUACCUUCAGCUCAAGGGUAAGAGUCACUACAGCGGACCCCAGUCUACAGUCACACUAGCUCCUUGAAGAAAGGAGGUUUGUCUGGAAGAAUAGGGAGGAAGAGACCCUUGCUCUGCUGACCUCACUUCCUCCAUUAGCUCUCCUAUAGGAGACCGUAUGUUAUCAAUACAGCUCAUUGUUUGCGGCAGUUCCCUGGGUACUCGGCAUGCCUGUGUUGACACAUUAGAACUGCUAGGUUACAUUGUUACUGGCUCAUCCCUUUCAGGUCCUUCAUGUUGGGUGUGGUUGUAACUUCAUGAGCCCUCUCUUCCUGCACUCCCUCCCUGUCUGCCCCUCUCUUUUGUUCUCUCUUUCCUUCCACACCCACUGAGUUAAUUUAGUACCUGAGUUCCCCAAUAGAAGCCUGGCUACUGUAUCAAGAUAUCAACCUAUUUCUUAAGCACAACUUUUCUCUUACAGGUUUAACCAAAAUAGGAUUCUGACAUGCCUGGGUUUUUUUUUCUUUAUACUCUAAUUUAUAAUUUAAUUAUGACUACAUUUUAAAGCCCAGAUGUUUACAUUUCUAGCUUUCUUCCCCCACCUGUUGCUUUUCUGGUUGAAUUUCUGGUGUCUUGGAGUGCCUGGAGACUGUUUGUCCAACUGUGCAAAGAGAGAAUGUCAGAUGCCCUGGAAUAUCCCGUGAGCAGGCUGCAAAGCACCAGAUCUCUAGCCGAGAGAAACCCUGAAAGCCUAAACACUUGCUACCAAUGCAACUUAGCAAGGGUCACCUUGUCGUUUCUUUCCCUGACUUUCAGACAUGCUCUAAAUGACAAAGCCGAGAUGGCAGCUUCAGAAGAAAUGACCUAUACAUGUGACCAGCGUCACUACACUGCACUCAUUUCUACGGCUUCAUUUCAGUGGCUAGUUGGAAAAUUGAAAAAGAUGAGCAAUUUUUGCAUAACUGAUUGAUAUUACAACACAGCUAAAGAGCUACACAGCUAACUAUCUUGAGUUGGACUUUCUGUCCAAACUGUAUUUAAGAAAAUGUUACCUUUCGCUUUACUUCAGAAUAGAGUAAAGCCUCCCUCUUCCCAGGCUGUGUCUCCUCUGCAUCUCAGAGGGGACUUAGGAUUCGAGAUGUCAUGUAGAUGUGAAGACUGUCGGAGGGUUAGUAAGGGAUGCAGACAAUAUGUACAGUUUUGACUGUGAAAACCCAGCAACAAAACAGUAUUUUACCUGACAUUGUAAAUGCUGAUCACUCCCACAAAUUAUCCCUUGGAACUCUUACCCACCACAAGAGGUUAGGUACUGUCAGCAUCUUUAUAAUUUGGGCAAACUGACUAACUUUAGCAAAGGUCCAGGCCAGGAAAUAACAGACCCUGGUCUCAAACCCAGGUCACAAGGGUGUGCGCAUGGGGUGGUUUUUAGUAUGAAACUGUUUGGCUCUCCGAUCUGCUACGGCAGCCUUCCUUACACUCUUUCAAGCUGAUGCUGAUCUUUAUGUUUACAAAUGGUUGGGAGGAAAACAAUCCAGGAAUACUUGGGGGACAUGAAGUCAGAUCUCAGGGGCCACGGAUGGAACUUGGUUAGUUGAGGACUUGCCCUAGUUUACAGAAAGCUCUGGGUUUGGUCCCUAUUGCUGCGUAAACAAACCAUGUUAGCCCAUGAUAGUAGUUUGGAAGUGGAGGCAGGAAGGUGUUCCAAGGUCAUUCUCAGCCAUGUGGAGAGUUUGGGAUUAGCCUGAGCUACAUGAGACCCUCAAAAGAAAAUGAUAAUUCAAACUUUGAAACAAUAAAUGGUUUCAUUGGAACACAACACACCUAAUCUGCAUGCAUUGCCUGCGGCUGCUCGGACUCUGUUCUGGGAGACCUGAGUGACUGCAAGAGAGGUUGUAUGGCCGGCAACAUCAAUACUCUUACUAAUACUAACCAUUGUAUGUGUACCAACACUGUUAAGAAUUAAACUAGUCUCGCCGGGCGUGGUGGCGCACGCCUUUAAUCCCAGCACUCGGGAGGCAGAGGCAAGCAGAUUUCUGAGUUCGAGGCCAGCCUGGUCUACAAAGUGAGUGCCAGGACAGCCAGGGCUACACAGAGAAACCCUGUCUCGAAAAACCAAAAAAAAAAAAAAAAAAAAUUAAACUAGUCUCACAGGCAUCUGGGAAGGUCUGAGAAUGACCCCUCUCCCCACCCCAGAUCUCCUGGAGUCACUAAUAGCUCUGUUACAGCAGAGCACGUUAUGUUUUUUGAGAGUAGGGUCAUACAUUCGGGGCUCUCGGAGUAAAAGGCUUUCCUUUCCUACAGCCUUCUGGGAUUCAGUGUCCACCUAGGAAAUCAGUAGAAUAAAACCACUCAUUAAUGAGCAAUAAAGACAUGAAAGUUCCUGGCCCAUCACUGAAUAUGGCUUCUCUGUGCCCGUGGGCUUUCAGUUCCACAGACUGUUCAGCCUGCUGGCAUUUGCUCAAGUGAGGUUGGCAGUGUGGAGAAGAAACAGGCUGCUGAGGUGAAUCACGUUCUCAUGUUGCUUCCUGUAGUCUGAAACUCAGGGUUGGUCUGUGGUGCAAAGGAUCUAGGAACCACAGCUGUUCUUUACGUUGGCCCUGGCUCUCUCUGGCCCCGCAGCAUGCAGACGGUUGUCCUUCCCUGGGAACCUAAGAGGUCUUUGCAAGCCUGGGGAAAACAGAACAAGGUCCUAUAUCAUUGUGGAUUGCAAAACAGACCGAUCCCAAUGAUAGGAGUUUUAGAUUCGGCAAUAUUAAAUGGCAUUGUUUAGAGUCACAAACUUGAUUUACUUUUGGUCUAAGGAAGCAUUUCUCACCGCAGUCAGCUAAAUUUGGCUCUUUAUCUUAUCAAUUAUAUUUGAGAGAGAGAGAGCAAACAUAUCAAGUUCUCUUAUGCAUGUUUUCCAGGAAAUUAGAUGGAAAUGAAAAUAUUUUGUGACAAAUUAUUGUACGUUGUGCUGUUGACAGAGAAGUGUCCCAUAUCUCUAAGUAGGCGAUGCCAUUCAUCACAGAAAGCUUGCAGAACUCUUACAGCUCCUCGGCCACUUAGAAGAAAGGCCAGGUUACACAGCCUCCAACUCCAACACCAUGAAACUUAAAUAAAUGUAAAAGGAGCCAAACUUCUACUUGGCCUCAUGCCUUAGCACAAGAAAGCUUCACGCACCCAGCUACUCAUGUGGGGCAGCCCAAGGGAAAAGGAGGUAAUGCGUUAAUGUACAAGAUGGGUUCACGGGUGUCUCCUGCUGAUGGAGAGCAGAGGGUUGGCCAUUGUCAAAAUCCAUAAUGUUCAUUUGGACACUCUGCCCCUAGGCUUGGAUCCUGAUGUGUGUGAGAGUGUGUGAGUAUGUGUGUGUGUGUGUGUGUGUGUGUGGUUGGCAGACAGCAAUGACCACAGAGUCAAGAGGUCUCACUUCCAGAGGUAGACAGGUUCCUUCAUAUAACCGACCAUCACAAGAUCAGGGCUCAGUGCCCACUAUACUAACACUCACCACUAAAACUGUGAUACCAACAUAGCCAAUAUAUAUGAAGGGCUGUUUUUCUCAGGCAAUGUAAAUAUCUGCUACCAACAAGCACUAGUGAACCUAACAUGACAGUCAUCAGGGCUUCUAAACUUUAAACAACGCUCAUAGUGUGUUCACCCAAAGGCGCAAGAGGCCCACAAGAAAUCCCAGGAGUCUAAGAUCAGACCCAAGUUGAGGCCGGAGGCCCUUCAGAGCAUUCCAGUGUUAGAUUUACAGUCGUAAAUACAAACAACAGGUCACCUGGAGCUAGAGCCUCAGAUUCCAGCCAGCUGUGUUCCACGGGAACCUCUGGGUACUUUAAUCAGCGUCUGCAGAGAAGGAAGAGCACUGCCCUCAGAUGCACCCUGGCAUCCUCUCUCAGUCCCUCUGUCUGUGAGAAUGACCUGAGCAACCCCCUCCCCUGCCCAGUUUGGCCAGUGCACAAGGCUCACCAUGCCCACCUCUGAGGCCUCUCAGAAUUCCCACAUGGGGUCUGCUUCUUGCACAUCCAGACAAUAACACCACAGAUGUGUCUUCUGAGGUCUGUGAACUUCUAAGAAUACCUAGGAGGCAUUUUUCUUUUGCUUGUUUGUUUGUUUAUUGUCCUAGAGAUGUUCCCUACCCACCCCUGCUCUCCCAGCCCUCCCUCUCUCUCCCUGGCUUGCUCUACACCUGAUCCCGUCCCACCCUCACCCUGGUUCCCCUCCCCACCCCCUCUGCCACCAGGUUCCCUCCCUCCACCCACCUCCCAUGACUAUUUUGUUUCCCCUUCUGAGAAAGAUCCAAGCAUCUUCCCUUGGGCCUUCCUUGCUAUUUAGCAUCUUUGGGCCUGUGGAGUGUAUCAUGGGUAUCCUGUGCUUUAUGGCUAAUAUCCACUAAAAUUAUAAGUGAGUGUGUACCAUGCAUGUCCUUUUGAGUCUGGGUUACCUCACUCAGGACGAUCUUUUCUAGUUCCAUCCAUUUGCCUGUAGAUUUCAUGAUGUCCUUGUUUUUAAUAGCUGAAUCUGGGAGGCAUUCUCACAGAGCAUUCUGGGUCGGGAAUGAAUUUGGACCUUUAAAGUCGGUUAGGUAUCAGCCAUUAGGUAAAUGCAAUAAAAUCCUAAAGCUAGAAUGACGUGAGUGUAAGGCAGACGUCUGGGUUCACCGUAAGGACUGUUUCGGUGACUUUUGUGUUAGAUAUCAAAUUCUUCCUGCCUGAGAAAGCAUUACUUUGGGGUCUCACAAUGGUGUGAGGUCAGGAAGCCAUCAUUUAGGAUAACACGGUCAGCUUUCUGGGUGGUUGAACCUUCCCCCCUCUGUCUAAGCAAGUCUCAGAGCUGGUCUGUUGGAACCCACCUUACAACCAAUAAGAUUCUCACCUAAAUCAAUACACUUUUCCCUACAAGAGCUGCCACAGGGGGACAGCUGCCACUGGGGGACAGUUGUUAAGCCUCAUCCUUGAGCAGUGGCCACACAUGCAGCCUGUUACCUGAGAGUCCCACUUCAUAUCACUAACCCCCUGCUGCCCACUUGACUGAGGUCUGACCCCUGAGAUCAAACCCUUAGAAUAUCUGGCUCCUGCCAUUAGACCCCUUAGCUUACUACUAGUAUCUGAACAUUUCUGACCCCAACCUAGCACAUGACCAGAGCAGGGUCAAGGGAGGUCUCCUGCGGAAGGGACAGGUGGACUUGCCAGGCUAGGUCUUCCUGUCUUCCCAUCCUUUGCAACCUAUGAUUAUCUAGACAGCAUUCCUAGGAAAGUCCUGCAUAUCUUUAUUCAGCCCCAAACACCUCCUCUAAAAUCAGAGGCAACUGUAAACUUGCAUGCACAGGUCUGAAAUGACCCAAACAUGUGCCUGUAUUGCGGUCUUUCCUCUGCCCACAGUCUGUACAAACUGUGCUCUAGGGAAGCACUCAGCAUUUUGAGAUGCCUGCUACACAGGAGGUGUUGUCAGCUGUUACCAUGGCAACCCUCCAUCUGUGAGCAUGGACCACACACACACACUCACACACACACACACACAAAUUUUUCAAACUGCAGAAACUAUAGUCACAGUAUCCAAUAUAACAGAUGUUCUAAGAGUUUCCAUUUCCAUAAUCAAUAAGUAAACACUGUCUGCCAAAUUAGGACUGGCCAAAAACAAAUAAUGGUUCAAUUACAAGCAAUAAAAAAACAUUUUAUUCAUAAUUGUUGGGUAUAGUAGCACAUGCCUGUGAUCCCAGCAACUUAGGAGGUAGGUGGAGGAAGGCCGAAGGAAUUCAAGGUCAUCCUUAACUCCAUAGGGAGUUCAAGGCCAGCCUGAGCUACUUGAGUCCUCAUCUAAAACAAACAAACAAAACAAAACAGUUAUUUGUUGAAAAUCUUACUUUAAGUUAAAGACUCUCGUUUUCAUCCAGCAUUCAGAGCUCUCGGAAUUAUAUUUCUCCUUGAACUUGCCAUUCCCAUCUGGCUUCGAACCUGGGACUAGGCUCCGGCAGAUUGACACAGCAAAGUUGACUUGAGCACUGAAGUGUUCGGCGUGCACGUCAGUCUGGCCCCGAGAGCAGGCAGGAAGAAAUCAGCUGGGUUGCAACUCCACAGCAAUCUCAGGCCAAAGGCAGAAGGCUGGGAGCCAGCAGUGCUCAAGAUGAAAGAGGUGUGGGGUGAGGAUCUGCUUACACAGAGAGACGUUUGUAUUCAGAUGUCGGACUUGUGCCCAGGCUGCCCGUCUCAGCCCCAGAGCUCACCUCCUGUGCUUGCUGUAUCUUCAGGGACAUUGGAGGUGAAAUGAGAAUUUCCCACAACCCAAACAUCACACUGUAGGACUUGCUCCCGUCUGAUUUCUAGCAGGCAUCAAGACUUCUGGCUUUUUACCACACACUCCCUCCGAUUUACAACUCUCCCUCUACUCACCGCUGUUCUAAAGAGAUGGAGAAUCCUCUGAAUGCUACACAGCGUGGUGGGGGUGUUCCCAGACCUUCAUAACAAACACUGAAAAAUAUAAAAUAGCCACUCAUAAACACAUGUGCAUAAACACAUAAACACAGACCGCAUUCUUAUACCCCCCCCCCAAAUGGCUAUGAUCAAAUCCACAAAGUUUGGGGCUGGAGAGAGAGCUCGGCAGCUAAGAGCACUUACCGCUCUUACUUGCAGAGGUGCUAAGUUGGGUUCCAGACACCCAAGUCAGGCAUUUCACAAGCACCUGUAACUCUAGCUCCAGGGGAAUGUGACAGUUCUGACCUCUGCAGGCAACUGUACUUAUGUUCACACACACACACACACACACACACACACACACACACGCUUCAAAUAAUAGAAGUAAAAUCUAAGAAAAGGUUUCUGGAGGACUAAGCAUGAGUGAGGAGCACUCUCCUCUAUUAUCACAGUGGCAUCAAUGACCACACCCAUACACAAUGUUUCCUAUUGGAGAUGGGAGCCUGGGUCUGCCCCCAGAUGAACUAUGUGGUCGUAGGUGCAUCACUGACUCUCUCUCAAAGCCGCUUCUUUCUGAAGUGAUUAGAGACACUUUCAGUUCACAGAAAAAUUAAGCAGGAGGCACAUGCCCCCUUCCCCUGCCUGCCUCCCCCAUGACGGACAAGACACACCACUGCAUGUUUGUUGCUAUUCAUGACUUUACCCCAAUACACCAUCAUCACCCACAUUUGGUGACGUCAGGGCUCAUCCUUCACCAUGAACACUGAAUGUGUCUGACCAGAUGUGUAACCGACUUUCCCGUCCUACCAGCCACUGUUUUUCCCUCAGUCUGUACACCUUUCCCUCUUACUGAAUAGAAUGUGGCCAGGGUCAUCCAGGAAAAGCCUUAUGAAUUUGUAUUCUUUCCCUUGGUAGUAAGCGUUCACAGUUCCUCCAGUGUCUCCUUGUGGCUUUCAUAGCUCUUCAUUUCCAGCGCAAAGCAAUGUUCCACUUUCUGGACGUACCAGAGCUUAUUAACUAUUUACUUACUUAAUGGUGUCUCGGCCUUCAUAAAAUGGCACCUGUGGGUGGUUUUUAUAUGGAAAUAUGCUUUCGGCUCAUUGGGCAAAUACCAGGAAUCAUGAUAGCUAAAUUAUCUGAUGAGCUAUCUCCCUUGUAAACUGAUUAACGACCUUCCAGGGUGGCUGUACUGUUUUGUUUUUCUCAUUCUUCCAGGAAUGGGUGAGAGCUCCGUUUGCUCCCCCCUGGUGUCUGGUGGUGUCACUGUUUCAGAUUUGUGCCCUUCUAAGAGGGGUGGCACGGUAUGUUACAGCUAUGUGCCGUGCAGCUCACUACGGGAUUAAGCACCUUCUCUGAUACUUCUUGUCUGUCCGUAGAUUGUCAUGUUGAAGCGUCUCUGCUCCGAUCUUUUGUCCAUUCUGCUGUAGGUGGGUUGUUCAUCUUCUUGUUCUUGAACUGAAAAGGCUCUUUGUAUAUUUUGGAUACCUGUCCUUCAUUAGCGGCAUCUUUUGCAAAUGUUUCCUCUUUGCUUGCUGUUUUUCUUUGCUCUGAAAAAAUUUCUUAUUUCAAUGAAGUCCAGCCUGCCAAUCAUCCCUCACGGACCUCGCCUUUGGAGCUGUAUCUAAGGGGCCAUCAUUAACCCCAGAUUCACCCGGACUUUCUCCAGUGUCCUGGGAGCUUUGAUAUUUCACCUUUUCCACAGGUCUUUGAUGAUGUUUUGUGGCUGGUGUAAAGCUUGUGUUCGGAUUGUUUUUAUCUCAUUCUUACUGCGUCUAAGAGUUCCAGUGCUGUUUGCUGAAACAGCAGCCUUCCAUCCUUUGUCAGAGGCAGCCUCUGACCCGCACAGGCCGAUCACUCAGUUAUGUGGCUUGUGUCUGCGCUCUCUAGUCGGCGAUUCUCCGUCUGUCUGCCUACUCUGUAGCCAAUACCACUCCUUCCGUCGUCGUGGAGAGGACAAGUAGUGAGACUCAGCCACGGCCGUCAGUCAGUCCUCUGUUUUCUUGCUAUUUCUUCAGCAGUGAAUGGUCGAUUUCGCUUAUUCUGGGUCUUUUGUUUCUCUUACAAACUAGUUAAAGAGCCCAUUUCCACAAAGCAAUCUGCUGGACUUUGGAUUGGCAUCGUCUUGACUCCAAAGAUGAAGUGGAGAAGAGAGGAUGCCUCCGCAACGUCCCGCGAACCCUGGAUGUCGUUUCUUUAUUCUUUGGAUCUUUCGCCUUUUAUAGUUUCCCUCACAGAGAUCUUUCACAUAUUUUACAAGACUUAUACCCAAGUAUUUCAUUUUAGGGGGUGUUGAUUUAAAUGUUCAUUUUUUUAAAUUUCAGAUUCUAAUUGCUCAUUGCUGAUACAUGAGGAAGCAAUUGGCUUUUGCAUAUAAUUUGUGUCUAAAAUCUUUAUGUAAUUUUUUUAAAUCUUGAUUUUGUCAAAUGUGGUGGUGCAAGCCUUUAGUCCCAGCUCUCAGAAGGCAGAGGCAGGGGGAUCUACAUGAGUUCAAGGCCAGUCUGGUUUACAAAGCAAGUUCCAGGACAGCCAGGGUUACACAGAGAAACUGUCCAAAGAGAGAAAAAAAAAGGGUUUUGUCAAUUCUAUUCUUAAAGAUUUUCUAGAGGUGAGCAUGUCAUCUAUAAGUGAUAACUUUUUCUUUCCUUCCAAUCUGUAUAUUUUUAAUUAACUUCUCUUAUCUUAUUGUAUCAACUGAAUUUUAAAAUCAUGUUUAAAUAACAGUAGUCCCUGUUCUAGGUAUGAACAGAAAACACGUUUUUGACAGUUAAGAGAAAUGAACCAAAAAGUUUGAGUACCGCUGCUCUAGUUCAGAAAAUGUCCCUCUACUUGUCCUUUGCAGAUAACCUUUUGUUGUCUACAACAGUUUUAUUAAUAAUUACAAAUGGCUCAGAGGCCAAGAUGUGCUCUCCAGACAAAAGAAUAAAAGGCGUAAACAUAAACAAUGAGGCAUUUCACGAUUGAAAAUCAAUCAUAAAAUCACAGAACAGCACAGAAUAGCCUUAAGUGCACGUUAUUAAGUUUUUUAAAAAUUCUAUAAAAAGACCACAAUCCUGCCUGAUUUCAGCUGUAUGCUACCUACUGAAGACUUUUAUACUGAAUGGUGUUUGGUUUUUUGUUGUUGUUGUUGUUGUUGUUUGGGUUUUUUUUUCUCAGAUCUCUUUCUUUAUCUUUUGAUAUUCUCACAUAUAAUUUUCAUUACUCUGCCCACUAACCUGGAUUAUAGGAGCUUAUUUUUGAAUGUUGGAUGGCCGUUCUUAUCUGGCAUCCGUCCCACUUGGUUAUGGUAUGUUUUUCCUUUCAUGCAUCAUUAGAUUCAGCUUGCGAGUAGCUUGUCGUUGAGGCUGUCUGGAUCUGUGUUCAUGGGCUUUUGUUGCUUCCAUUUACUGAAGUACCUUCUCCUCGUUUGUUCUUAGGGUGAUGCUGGGCUCCUAGUGUGGAUCAAGAAGUGUUCCUUCUAAGCUCAUCCUCUGACAGACAUUACAGAGAACUGAUAUAUUUUUCCUCCUUCACUGCUUGGAAGAAUUCACCCAGAAUUCACCCAACCCAUCUGGACCUAGUACAUUCUGUUUGGGAAGGUCAUCAAUAAUUUACUUAAAGUCGGGGCUGGAGAGAUGACGCCGCGGUUAAGAUGGUUUAUUGCUCUUGCAGACGGCCUGGGUUCAGUUCCCGGUGCACACGUGGUGGCUCACAAUCACCUAGGACUCCAGUUCCGAGGGACCUGGCACCUUCUUCUGGCUCCCAUGGGCUACUGCAUGUGUGAGAUGCACAAAAGCUCACGCAGGCAUCCAGACUCCUGCACAAAAAUAAACGGAAACAAAACUUUGAAGUCUCUAAUGUAUAGACCUUUCAGGCUAUCUAUGUCUUCUAAUGUGAGUUUUGAAAGACUGAAUGUUUCUAGUACUGAUUGUACUUCCCCCACGCAGAGACGUGUGGACACGCCCUUUGGGGUCCUUUCUAUGGCCGCAGGGUCUGUUGUGUUCCCUGACAAUUCUGCAGUUCUUUCCCUCUCCCUCUCCCUCUCCCUCUCCCUCUCCCUCUCCCUCUCCCUCUCCCUCUCCCUCUCCCUCUCCCUCUCCCUCUCCCUCUCCCUCUCCCUCUCCCUCUCCCUCUCCCUCUCCCUCUCCCUCUCCCUCUCCCUCUCCCUCUCCCUCCCUCUCUACACAAAUAGAAAUGUAAUCAUUUGUUUCAAAGAACUGGUUCUUGACUCCUCAGAUUUUUUUUUAAGUUGCCUUCCUGUUUUUAAUUCCGUCAGUUUGCGUCCUCAUCCUUAUGUCCUUGCUUACUUGGGAUUUAAUUCACUCCGGCAGAUUUAUGUGACUGGUCUCAGGUUUCUUUCUGCUCGAUGCAUUUGAUGCUAUGGAUUGUCACUCGGGCUGUCCCCACUUCGUGUCUAACUGUGGUUUUAUCUUCACUGAGUUCAAUGCCUAUUUUUAAAAUUUCUCCUGAGAUUUCUUCUACACGUGUGUUGCUGAGAAUUGCGUUGUUUAAUCUUAAAGUGUUUAGAGAUGCCCCCGGUCUCUUUCUGUGGCUGAUCUCUAUCUUAAAGCCACUGUGUUCUACAAGAGAACACUGUAGAGUUUGUAUAGUGUUAAUGUGGCAUGGUGUGUCUGAUGGCCCGAAAUGAAGUAGUGAAUGCUCUCUGUGACUUUGAGAAGAAUUGGUCGCCUGAUGUUCGGUUCCUCGUUUUUUCAGCAAGAGUUUGACCCCACCCCGCCUGUCUCUGUAUUUGACCCCACCAUCCCUGUCUCUGUGUUUGGCUCUACUGUCCCUGACUCUGUUUGACCCCACUGCGCAUGUCUCUAUGUUUGACCCUACUGUGCCUGUCUCUGUGAUUCUGACUAACACUCCUAGUUACACCUCAUCAGUUCACGUCUGUGUCACUCUUAUACUUAUAGUCCCUAACUGAGUCAGCUUUUUAACUUCCAACUUUUAAAAAUCUUCUGUUUGUAAAAGUGAAAUUUAACUAACCCAAGCACCCCUGUCUCCAGCAAUCCUUCACCAACCACAUUCCUCUCCCACCUCCUACCACACAAACCCAGAUGGCAGCCAGGCGAGUUGAAGGGUAGGCACUGUGUUAAGACACAGUGACCACCUCCACAGUAGAAGAAUACUUCACAGAAGGUUAGCAGCAUUGAUGUAGAAUAAAUGCACAGCUGCGUACUAAAUGAAAACGUCAUCCAGGGAAUGGAAGAGAUGGCUCAGGUUUUAAUGACAUUCGUUGCUCUUGCAAAGGACCAGAGUUUGAUUCCUGGUACCUGUGUCAGGAAGCUCACAGCCACCUGUGACUCCAGCUAUAUGGUGUCCAUUGCACUUGAAUACAUGUGUGCAUUCUACCACAAACAGAUACCCAUGAAUAAGAAUACUGUUGUAUAAGUAAUCCAAUGCCAGCAUGAUAUUGGUAAGCUGCAUUCGAUACAACGCCAGCCCGGCACCGCUGGAAACAUGCAUGCAGGGACUUCGCCGAAACUGUGCUGGUACUGUACCGAACACACCAUAAAAAAGAAGCUUAGGCCUUAAGAACAUUCUACGGCCCUUCUGUAUUUUAGCUGCAACACACGUUAACAGAAUCACUUUCUUUUCUGCCCUGGUUUAGCUAUUUGUCCAAAGCACAAAAGAAUGGAAAUCCUUCUCACUAUUAGUUUUAAAUAAUGACAGUAUCUUCCUCUCCCAGUAAGGGGCCAGAUUUGUGCCGUGGCUGAGAUUCUCCUUGACCUAUUUUCUAGGACAGGAAAAAGAACCAUAUUCAGGAAAGCCCACUAUCGGUACCAGUUUUUCAACAUCCUCUGAUCAUGGCUCUAGGAAACACAGGGUAAGGCUGAGUCCGGUCUAGGGGACUUAUUUACCUGUGGUGUGCCAUGAAGGUCUCACCAAACUCUCACACAGACCUGUUAAGGAGGAAGCCCUGGAACGGGGUUUUAAAGUUGAGGUGUCGUAAGGCCCCCACCAGAAUCCAAUCCAGAGAACACCAAGAACAGGAGCUGUUAGCUGCUGCUCAGCAGUUAGGAAUGCCCACUGUUCUUCUAGAGGACUCAAGUGUGGCUCCAGCAUCCAUGCCAGGCAACCCUGGCAUCCAGUAUCCAUGCCAAGUAACCCCAGCUCCAGAGAACUAACACCCUCUUCUGAUAUUCUCAGACACCCAAAGUGGCAUAAACUCACACAGACAUGCACAUAUACACAUAAAAUAAAUUAAAUUUAAAUUUUAAAAUGUUUUAAACAAACACAAAUCCCUCCCCCCACCAUGGAAGCACAGAUAGACUUAAUCUUCAACUCCAAACCCAGCAAUUUUUCCUAGGAACUGGAGAUUUUAAUAAAAUGCUUGUGCCCUGCAGAGAAAUAAGGUUUUCAUGUUCAGGUUUGAGGCAGUCCCCAGGUUCAAGGCUGAGAACAUGAUGAAACUUAUUUUUGUUCUAAACAAUCCAAACAGCUUGCUAAAACAAGGCAGAACCCCAUGCAAAGCUUUCUUGGAGGUUCCUGUGUGUUGGUUGCGAUGGGUGCUUGCUGUCCAAUGACCAAGGUCUUAAGCAAGGUCAUCUGGGGACACUAAGAAAUAGCAACAUCUUCUAUUGUCUGCAACUACCCUGUGGCCAUCAACUCUUACUGAGUGAGCACGCAAGCCCCUAUGAGCAAAAGCUAACUCCCACAUCACUCAUGAAGAAAGUCAGUCUAGUUUUAGGGAUAAGGCUAGUUAAUCCAGAAGGACAGCUAGAACCAAUUGCCUGGAAAUUAACAACAGCGAGGCAGGCUCUGUGUGGACAGUAAGCAGUAGUGUCGUGUGGCAGGGAGGGGUAGACCUUGAUAUUGUUGAGGUCUGGGUAGGCUUCAGAAGGAGAAAACCCAAGGAAAAGUCAUGCCAUAAAGAGGAGCCACCUUGAGACAUAAAGAUAUGGCUGUAGUGGGCCAGGGGACAGUGCCUAGGCUAGUCUACAAAGGGCAGGUGGCUUCCCAGGAAAUUUGGUAAAAAUACAUUGUGAAAACUGGUGCUAAACUGUAGAAGUUUCUGAGCUGAAGGUGGAGGAAUGCAGACCGUAGUUUAUUAAAGCCAUCACGGUGUCAAAAUAGCUCCUAACUCUUAAGGUUGAACAAAAGGACAGUCUCCACUGAACCGAAGCAAGAUGUCCUUGACACAACCGUCAAGCACCCCAGAAUAAUUCAGUGAGCCUGGAAAAAAAAAAAAAGGAAAAAGUGGAGUUUCAGUGUCAUGGAAUAGUUGAUUAUAAGCCCAGCAAAUUCAUAUGCUGAGAAUGCUGGGACAGUCACCGUAGCUUUCUUUAAGCAAAACCAAUGACCUUCUAGAGAUGCCAAGAAAACACAGGGAAAAACAUCUUCCCCAAAGUCUCCCAUCAAGGCUUCAGAUUUCUUCGCAGUAAAAUAGCUGCCCCCUGCUUCUGAGGUCAUUGCUGCCACCCUCCCCACAAUGCUUUUUACAAGUGAAAGCCAGGCAGAGCUCCAGCCCUGGUUUGGCUCCCGACCCACCUUCCGAUCCUUUUGUAACUCCCUGUACUCAAUCCAAGUAUGUCUGCGCACGGACAAGGCGAAAGCAUGCCUGAUGCGAAAGCACAAAUUAUGUAUUGAGAAAUCUCUACAAUGCCAAAUUUUUUUAGAAUAAAUAAAUAUAUAUAUUUAAGAAAUCGCUGUGUUAGGGAAACUGUUUACAUAUUGAGGCGUUCCUCUUUUUUUGACUGGAACAAUAAAAGAAUAAUUUGA